AAAUCCACCACACUGUCUAGCGUAAUUCAUUAUCAGGCAAACUGUCCUGGCGACUACACAAGGCUUCACGUCUGACGUCCAAUCAGUUUUGGAAAGACAGCAGACGACAUAACCACCAUCACUGACAUUGGAACAUUUACACCACCCAUCAGCAUGAGCAGCGACACAGAGAACAGCCGCUCUCCCGACCUGCGCUCCCCCUCACCUGGACAUCCUGAGGGGGACCCACCCGGAAUGCCCACCCCAGAAGAAAUGAAGGAAAGACUUGCCGGCAUUGGUGCGGAUGACCCUAAGUUUUCCAUGCACAUCCAAGAGGCAGUGUCUCAGGUCCUCAAGGGCUAUGACUGGUCACUAGUGUCCACUCCAUCAAGGGCUAACGGAGGGGAAAAACGAAAGCCCCACAUCAAAAGACCUAUGAACGCUUUUAUGGUGUGGGCCCAGGCUGCUCGGAGGAAACUUGCAGACCAAUAUCCCCAUCUUCAUAACGCGGAACUGAGCAAGACUUUAGGAAAGCUUUGGAGACUUCUUUGCGAGGAGGAGAAACGCCCGUUUGUGGAGGAAGCCGAGAGACUUCGUCUUCAGCACAAGAAGGACUACCCUGAUUACAAAUACCAACCCCGUAGAAGGAAGCCUCUGAAGGGACAACAACAGGGUAACGAAAACGCCAGCCCUCUUCCACCAGGGGUGCUGCUCAAGCCCGUUGGUGACUGCUCAUCACCAAGCGAUGAUUGCUCCAGCGAGUGCUCGAGUCAGCCUGGAGGAUCAAACGGUCCUCCUACCCCACCCACGACACCCAACCAACACGAGGCCCUCAACUUGAAGUGUAUCUAUGACAGAAAGGGAGUCCGCGCCGGAACAGGACAACUAGGUCCUUCUGGACACCCAAUAGACUUCAGCCGGGUUGAUCUCCGAGAACUUAGCCCAGAAAUUAUCGAUCCCUUCGACGAUCCUCUUGAUCUUGAUCGCUACCUACCGCCCUCCGGAACGGCCCUACCCAGCUCCCACCAGGGUCCCCACCCCGGCCACUACACGCCCUGCUACGGCAACCAGGGUAACAACGUUCCCGCCACCACCGCCACAAGUUGGACCAAUUCAUACAGAGUGUCUUCCGCCAGCUCCUGCAUCCAAUCCUACAUGCCCAACAACACCAGCACCACCAACAGCACCAACGGCGGCAGCAGCAUCAGUUCUGCUUACGACAUCAGUGAACAGUCGUCACAGUCCCGGACGGCGGGGCUCCAUCAAGCCGCCCCAGCUACGUCUUCCUCUUCCUACCACGCUGGCUCUCCAGACUACAAGUACAGAGAGGAGGACAAUUCUCAUAUCAAGAUGGAACAACUCCCGGCCCAUCAGUCUCAACCCUACAGAGUCGAUCAGAAAUACGAAGCGUAUAAUGCAUCCACGUCUCGGUACAAUAUGGACAAUCCAGGACCUUUUGGUGGACCUGUUCAGAGUGCCUACCUUGGCCAGAACUCGGCUCCAGUAGGUGCUGCUCCUUCCUAUCAAUACGCUAUGGGUCUCCGACAGAUGUUCAACCCAAUAGCUGCCGCGGUACCCGGCGAACAGACAUGGGAAAGGUAUACUUGAGUGGCUUCAUCGUCAACAGCUGUGUUUGAUCUCAUCCCACAAAUGCAUAAUACCGGUGGCCGCCAAUGUGGAUGACAGGAUCUUGAGGCUCAUGAGAGUGUCGUCUGCUCUUGGAACCAAGCUCGUAAAGCCAGGACUGCUUGAAUGGCGUCUGUCUCUAAAGCGAGAACAGAAGUGCGUUUGUGAACUUCUUUGUGACAUUACGCUCAAUCUUUCGUGUCUCCAGAAGAUAUCGGUCGGACUUACUGACAGUAUUGACGAGACUGUGUGUCCAAGCGGCGUAUCCUCUGGACUGUGCCAUACUGUGUAUGUAAAUGUUUUGUCAUAGACCGCAUCCCUCCAGUAUCAGCUUCAAAGAGACUAUUUGCCAAGCAACAUACGAUCAGAAUAGACAAAUACCUGUCACACCAGCUCAUGCAGGAAUACAAGUGCUUCUUAAACGUUGCGUCAAGCUACGCCAUAUUAUAUUUGCCUGCAGUUAGAUUUGGGUUGCUUUGUAUGUGCCAAAGACGCAACGUUACGCCUAUAUGCAUGACCAAAACAUGUAGACACCAUAUUACAGUGCUAUUGUCUUCCUAGAUCAAGUGCCUUGGCGCAGAUGUAAUCUGACUACUCAUUGGUCAGUUUCAUUGUGUAGUGACCUGUGAUUGGUCAACAUUAGAGUGUCGUGAUCUCAUGUGCUACACAUGCACGAAAUAGCUGGAUUACCCUCUCUUUGAUGAUGUAUCUAUGCAAGCCUUAUGCAAAGCACUAUAGUUGUUACCUAAGCGAUCUCCGUUCCUCGGUAUGUUUAUUCUAUAAGCUAUCUCAGAGGUAGAGAAGAACAUCUUCAUAAAUCAUGUACAUAUUUUCUAGAUUGUUAUUAUUCAAGUUUUGAAUAAACCUGUUUAUACUUUUUA